GCCCAGCAACCAGUAUCAUCCACAAAUCGCUUCAAUAGUAGUUUCUUCGAUAUGCCAUCCAUCGCACCCCGCCCAUCCCUCCUCUCCCUCCGAAAGACCCUCCCUCCGAUCCUCAACCUCCCCUCAACAUCCACCGGUAACAACGUCCCCAAAUCCCUGCACAAGACCCGCCGAACGUGGAUAACCAACACUCACCGGAUCGACCAGCCUGUCAGGGUCCUUGAAUGUGCGCAUAGGGAUAAAUACGGGAGGGGCGUUUUGAAGGGGAUCAAGAUGCGAGCGAGGGAUGUGAAGAGUUUCGACAAGGCGGGUGGGGUCGAGGGUGCUCUGCUCUCACAAUCGCCCAACAACUUUACCCCAUUCGGGAAACAACUCCGCGCAGACCUCUUCACCCGGUUACACGGACUACGAGAUCCUUCGGCACCGUCGACAAACUCGGUGUUCUCAUUGGGAAUGGGAACGAGACGAUAGGGGUGCUAUGAGGGGAUCGGAUGUAGGAUACAGAAUAUGGAUGGCAAGGGGAAGUGAAGCGGUGCGAUGGAUGGAAGGACUUCGGGCAACGGGCGGUCGAAACGCCAGGACAGAGCGGGCGCCCUGAAGGCGGGUCACGGAGCCGUGCGAACUUGAGACAUGGCUUCUACUCUAUCUUACUUCUUCCUCGUACAACUUGUCUACGUCAACAUGCAGGACGGAAGGCGCCUGGACCGACCAGGAAGCAAGAGGGUUUGACCUCUAUGUAUCACCACCAAGAAUUCGAAUAUCGAUCGAAUACACACCGGU